UCUUGGACUUCUUAAUUGAACUCUUCCCGCUCUAUGAUGGCCAGCUCUGGACUGCAGCUCCUCGGUUUCUUCCUCUCACUGGUCGGUCUCGCUGCCACUGUUGCCGCAACUUUGAUGGUUCAAUGGAAGAAGCAGUACCAGGGCAAGACGCACCGCAUCUAUGAGGGCUUGUGGAUGAGCUGCAGUGGCAAUGAGAGAACAACCUGUGAAUUUCACCAGUACCUCCUAAAGCUGCCAACUGAGGUUCAGGCUACCAGGGCUGUGAUGCUGCUCAGCGUCUUCCUCUCUACUGUGGCGUUGAUGGUCUCCACAGUGGGAAUGAAGUGCACCCGCUUCAUGGACGACAAGCCUGAGAGCAAAUCUAUAACAGCUAUGAUCGGAGGAAUCAUGUUCAUGGUUGCAGGUUUGUUGACCGUCAUCAUAACCUCCUGGUACGUCAAAAUGAUUGUUCAGAUCUUCCAUGAAUCCCAUCGCCUGCAGAGCUUUGAGUUUGGUAAUGCCGUGUUUGUCAGCUGUGCUGGCGGCCUCCUCACAAUAGCUGGUGGUGCUUUCCUGAGCUGUCGAAGAUGCUCGCGGUCUCAGUCGACUGGGUCCCUCAGCUCCAACAAGCUCCUCUCCACCACCUAUCCCAAGUCCAACUACGUCUAGCGGAGCAGAGGCUUUGAUACAGUCAGUCCAGCGGUAAAUUUACAAACUGUAGCAGGAUGUGUUUCUACGAUGAGGAAAAGUCCCACUGCAGGAUUAGAAAUACUGAACAUCAGGAUCAGGAUUACACACAACAUCAGGAUGUUUGUACUGACUUUGAAUCCCAUUUUAUAGCUUGAAUUUUGAUGUUUCAAUACUUAUGUUUGUUUGUCACUUAGAUGCCGUCAAUCACUCAGUGCAGUAACUUCUUCUGUUGUCAGCAGUUUUAUUUUCAUUCAGAGAGAUUUGUGUAAGUAUGAACUUAUAAAGUUACUGUUCAUAACUACCAAUGAAGAACAAUUAUUAAAUAAAACUAACAGUGUAGAGUAAUUGGUUUGAUUGGUGUGCACUGCUGUACAAUUCCUUCCACUAGUUUCUCACUAGUGUUGAUAUAGAUUUGUUUGUGUAUGUUGUUAAUUUUAUGACUAAAGUUUUAUAUUUUCUUGUUGUAUUUUCAUGUACCUGUAAUGUGGUUGUUGUU